AUGAAUAGCACGUUAGAAACUGCAAAUUAUGAAAAUAAAUUCGCAGUAAGUUCAAGCUCAAAUUGUGUGGUAGCUAUAUCAACAAUAAGUUGGCAGGAAAAAAGUCUAUAUGUUGGUGAAGUUAACAAAUAUAUGUCAGAGUUAAGCUCAAAUGAAGAAAUAAAAAAAAAACGUACAAAAAAUAAUAAACAUAAUAAUGAGACUGAGUAUACAGAAGCUAAUGUAUCAGAUGAAUCCCUUGAACUUGAACAAUUAAACAAUCAAAUAUCGUAUUCACGUAAAGGUUAUAUGGAUAUUACAGCAACAUGGAUUAAUGAAAGUUUUGAGCUAAAUGAGGCUGUUUUGGCAGUUUCUCUUUUUCAGUAUCCACAUACUGCUAAUGCAAUUGCGAAUUAUAUUAAAGAAAUGAACCGUCUUAUUACAUUUUUUACUACAUCUAAACAGAGUGAGCGUCUCGAGGCAGUGCAAGUGUCAAUUCAAAUACAACAGCAAUUAAAG